CUCAACUUUCAAAGAGAACAUUGAAUCCAUCAAAUCAUCAUCGAAAUCACACAAGAAAGUGACAUUAAUUUAGUCAAAGAGUCCAAUAGUUUCCCAUAUCUUAUUUAAGCCGCAUAGAGUGAGUUUUUAACAUAUUUGUGUGGUUCAGAGUAUCCAAGAGCCCCACAUAAUGUCAACAAAACUCACGGAAACGACAAGCAUUGUUCUACGGCAUUCUUCAAGGAUUUGUAACUUGAAAAUGACAAAAGAAGAUGAAGCUGUGAUCAUCAGCAACAAUGGAGAAAAUGGAUUCUCAGCUGCUCAACCCGUCCCUGCUGAAAUGUUGGAGGAGGAGAAGAAAAAUCCCGGUGAUCUUAAACAUCCUAGCAUUCCUGGUUGGUUUUCAGAGUAUUGUCCAAUUUGGCCAGGACAAGCUCACUUUUUAAAGGUAGAGAAAAUCUUAUUUCAAGGAUCGUCCAAAUACCAAAGUAUGAUGGUGUUUCAGUCAUUAGCAUACGGUAAAGUUUUUGUCCUUGAUGGAGCUCUACAACUCACAGAGAAAGAUGAAUGUGCUUACCAAGAAAUGAUUAGCCAUCUUCCACUUUGCUCAAUUCCAAACCCAAAAAAGGUAUUGCUUAUUGGGGGAGGAGAUGGUGGCAUCCUUAGAGAAAUCUCUCGCCACUCUUCUGUGGAGAAGAUUGAUAUUUGUGAAAUAGACACAAUGUUGGUUGAUGUGUAUAAACAAUUUUUCCCAGAUGUUGCAGUUGGAUACGAGGAUCCUCGGGUCACACUUCAUGUUAGAGAUGGAAUUGCAUUUUUGGAGUCUAAUCCAGGAGGAAACUAUGAUGCAAUAAUAGUGGAUGCAUUCGACCCAAUAAGGCCUGAUCAUGAGCUUUUCAAAACCUCAUUCUUCGAGUUUGUGGCAAAAGCUCUCCGACCUGGUGGAGUAUUGUGCAUCCAAGCAGAGAGCAUUUGGUUUCACUCCCUUGACAUUGAAGAGCUUGUCACAAAAUGUCGCCAAAUAUUUAAAGGCUCGGUUGAAUAUGCAUGGACUAUUGUUCCUGCAUAUCCAAGUGGGGUUAUUGGUUUUUUGCUUUGCUCCACCGAGGGGCCGCCUGUCAAUUUCAAAAGUCCAAUCAACCCAAUUGAUCCAGAUAGUUAUGGCGUAGCAAAAGGACCCUUGAAGUUUUACAACUCAGAGGUUCAUUCAGCUGCAUUUUGUUUGCCAUCUUUUGCUAAGAAGAUGAUUGACUCCAAAGUUGGUAGCACCAUGAAUGGAGUGGGUACAACUACAACUAAGACAUAAGUGAAAGUUCAAGUAGAAGAAAGUUGAGUAGCAUUGUUUGCCACAAUUUAUAGACAUUCCUCGACAAUAAUCUUAUCGAAUUCAGACAUCAUGAUUGUGUUUUGAUUGUAUUGCCAAAAGUUAGAUUUGCUAGAAUUUUAUCGAUUUGGUUGGCUGGAAAA